GGGAGGCAAUUAUGAAAAAAAAAUUAACAGUUGAGAAAUGCUGUCAGAACCCAUUUGGAGAGUGCAAAAUGAAAAGCAAAAACAAAAGUAGAAAGUAAGAAGGAACUUGCAGAAAAUGGAAACCAUGGGCUCGUAUUUAAGAUACAGGCCUGAAGGAAGGUCUUAAGAGAACAAAGAGAGCAGGUUCACAGAGUCACCCACCUCCCCAGGCCACAAGCAUCUGCAAGGUCCCCAAUGGCCCCAGCCUGGUCCUUCCUCCUGGCCCUGCUGCUGCUCAGCUGCAAUGCCAUCUGCUCUCUGGGCUGCCACCUGCCUCACACCCACAGCCCGGCCAACAGGAGGGUCCUGAUGCUCCUGCAACAACUGAGGAGGGUCGCCCCUUCCUCCUGCCUGCAGGACAGAAAUGACUUCGCAUUCCCCCAGGAGGCGCUGGGUGGCAGCCAGUUGCAGAAGGCUCAGGCCAUCUCUGUGCUCCACGAGGUGACCCAGCACACCUUCCAGCUCUUCAGCACAGAGGGCUCGGCCGCCACGUGGGACCAGAGCCUCCUGGACAAGCUCCACGCGGCACUGGAUCAGCAGCUCACUGACCUGCAAGCCUGUCUGAGGCAGAAGGAGGGGCUGCGAGGGGCUCCCCUGCUCAAGGAGGACGCCAGCCUGGCUGUGAGGAAAUACUUCCUCAGACUCACUCUCUAUCUGCAAGAGAAGAGACACAGCCCUUGUGCCUGGGAGGUUGUCAGAGCAGAAGUCAUGAGAGCCUUCUCUUCCUCAACAGAGUUGCAGGAGAGAUUCAGGAGAAAGGACUGACACACACCUGGUUCAACAUGGAAAUGAUUCUCACAGACCAACAGACCACACUUCCUCCUGCGCUGCCAUGUGGAAGACUCUCAUUUCUGCUGUCAUCAGGCACUGAACCGAAUCAAUUUGUCACAUGAUUUCAGGAAUAUUAAAGGAUAUCAUGUUCUACUCUAUAGGCACUAGUCCCUCACAGAUGCCCUAGCUGAUGUAUCCAUUUAUUUAUCUACUUGGACAUUUAUUUAUUUACUUAUUUAUAAAGAUUUACAUUAUUCUUGUCCAUAUAUAUUUAUGUAUAUAUAUAUAUGUUGUCAUUAAGAGAAAAAUAUAUAUACUCUGUAUGCAGUUUAUUAUUUUUCUUCACUCAUUAAAUUCUUCCUAUAAAAACUUCCUUUGUUUGCAGUUUAUUUAAAAAAGAAACACCAAACCUGAAUGUGCAACUUGAUUAAAGAAUACAUUUUACAAUUCCUUGACCCUUUUUUACAACUUGCAUGUUAGAAGUAAAAAUACACUUCUUUUAGCCAGGGUAUUUGUUUCCUUCAGGACAUAUAGGUGAACAUAACU